GUCUAGUUUCCACCUUCCAUCAACCCUACCCUGACGUCUCAGACUUAGUUUUACACUGACUGACAUCGGGCUGGAGCUACGAACAUCGACACACACACUCGAGAUGAACAAGUCCCAGAAGCCCACAAAGGUGAAGCGCGGCAAGCGCGUCGCCCGUCCCAAGACUCAGCCGCAGGACCUCGUGGAGUCGGAGGUGGAGAACGCCCGCAAGGCGGUGGAGCGCAAGUUGAUCUACCUGUCCGAGUCCAACGGCGCCAACCCGCCGCUCCGUUCGGAGAAGCGGAGCGCGGGAGGAGCCGGAUCUGGAGGCGGCGGCACCAAUGCCCACGGAGGACGUAGGCGCAAGCACGGCAAAAAGCAUCUGGCGCAGGUGCCGCCCAAAGGAGCUACCGACGACGAGGAGGAAACGCUGCAGGAGAAGGUGUACAAGUACGAAAGCAGAAGGCGCGGGGGAUACAAUGUACUCCUGGAGUCUCCUCGUCGCAACGGCCUCACGCCGCGGGACUACGAGGCCGAGGCGGCGGAAAUGGCGGCUCUUCUGGCCGCCCGGCGAGCGCCCAGCGGCACCACGAAGCCCGGCCAGCUUGGGGGCGAGGGCAAGGGCAGUCAGGACGGGGAGCUCGGACGGCUGCAGCUGAGGCCGCUGAGCAGCUACGCCCAGGACCAUCACCACCACCUGCCCAGCUACUCGUGCAGCGUGUGCGGCGCCAAGUUCCACAUCCGGUCGCUGCUGGGCGCCCACCGGCACACCCACGACGACGACUUCAAGGUGCGCUUCCGGGGACGCAGGCCGCCGGACAGCAGCACCACCCUGACCGCCGCCAGCCUGUGCAAGUUCUGCGACCGCCGGUUCGAGCUGGAGCGCACCCUGCACAUCCACCAGCUGUGCCACUGCAAGAAGAUAUCGCCGCAGCAGCGCCGCAAGCUGGCCUUCACGGAGCUGGCCCACGAGAAGAAGGCGCCGCUGCCCAGCUUCCAGCGCGCCCAGAAGGCCCACCGCCACCAGGGCACCAUCGCCCCUUCGACCAAGCCGCCGCUGACGCAGCAGCAGCAGCUCCACAAGACCAUCAUGCAGUCGUCGGCGGCGCACGAGCGCUGGCGCUAAUCCCCGCCAGACCUCGCCACAUGACUCUGCGAACAGAACCAACGCUUGCUUCAGAGGACCAGGAAAACACAAGGCAAACCACACCUAGUUGGGUGUCAGACGAGGCACAGAAGACACACCUCCGCUGAAGACCCAACUACUCGGCGUUGAAUAGUCACACUCAAUUAACACGUAGCCAAAUUGAAAGUCCCAAAGAAUGGGAGAACACGCCAGCUUCUAAGUGAUAUCACUCAAUUUAAUCAUAAACUAAAUUGGGCAAAAGCCAUAUCAACAAAA